AUGAGCCGCCAAUUCACCUACAAGUCGGGAGGUGCCACCAAGGGGGGUUUUAGCGGCUGCUCAGCUGUGCUCUCGGGGGGCAGCUCAUCCUCCUACCAGGCAGGAGGCAAAGGGUUGAGUGGGGGCUUUGGCAGUCGGAGCCUCUACAGCCUGGGGGGCACCCGGAGCAUCUCCUUCAACAUGACCAGUGGCAGUGGGCGGAUAGGCAGCUAUGGGUUUGGCCGAAGCCGGCCCAGCGGAUUUGCUGGCAGCAUGUUUGGCAGUGUGGCCCUGGGGCCCGUAUGUCCAUCUGUGUGCCCUCCAGGGGGCAUCCCUCAGGUCACCAUCAACAAGAGCCUCCUGGCCCCCCUCAAUGUGGAGCUUGACCCUGAGAUCCAGAAAGUGCGCGCCCAAGAGCGGGAGCAGAUCAAGACCCUCAAUAACAAGUUCGCCUCCUUCAUCGACAAGGUGCGGUUCCUGGAGCAGCAGAACCAGGUGCUGGAGACCAAGUGGGAGCUGCUGCAGCAGCUGGACCUGAACAACUGCAAGAACAACCUGGAGCCUGUGUACGAGGGCUACAUCAGCACCCUGCGGAAGCAGCUGGAGACGCUGUCCGGGGACAAGGUGAGGCUGGACUCGGAGCUGAGGAACAUGCGGGACGUGGUGGAGGACUACAAGAAGAGGUAUGAGGAAGAAAUAAACAAGCGCACAACUGCUGAGAAUGAAUUUGUGGUGCUUAAGAAGGACGUGGAUGCGGCCUACAUGAGCAAGGUGGAGCUGCAGGCCAAGGUGGAUGCCCUGGAUGGAGAGAUCAAGUUCUUCAAAUGUCUGUAUGAGGGGGAGAUCGCUCAGAUCCAGUCCCACAUCAGUGACACAUCUGUCAUCCUGUCCAUGGACAACAACCGUGACCUGGACCUGGACAGCAUCAUUGCUGAGGUCCGCGCGCAGUACGAGGAGAUCGCCCUGAAGAGCAAGGCUGAGGCCGAGGCCCUGUACCAGAGCAAGUUCCAGGAGCUCCAGCUGGCAGCUGGUCGGCAUGGAGAUGACCUUAAACACACCAAGAACGAGAUCUCAGAGCUGACCCGGCUCACCCAAAGGCUGCGCUCGGAGAUUGAAAGUGUGAAGAAGCAGUGCUCCAACCUGGAGACGGCCAUCGCCGAUGCAGAGCAGCGGGGCGACUGUGCCCUGAAGGAUGCCCGGGCCAAGCUGGACGAGCUGGAGGCCGCCCUGCACCAGGCCAAGGAGGAGCUGGCCCGGAUGCUAAGGGAGUACCAAGAGCUGAUGAGCACAAAGCUGGCCUUGGACAUUGAGAUCGCUACCUACCGCAAGCUGCUGGAAGGCGAGGAGUGCAGGAUGUCUGGAGAAUACACCAACUCUGUGAGCAUUUCGGUCAUCAGCAGCUCCACGGCCGGGACCGCGGGUGCAGGGGCCGGCUUUGGGUUCAGCGGUGCAGGCACCUAUGGCUACCGGCCCAGCUCUGUUGGCUAUGGCGUGCUCUCUGGAGGCUGUGUCACUGGCAGCGGAAACUGCAGCCCUCGCGGGGAAGCCAAAACCAGGCUGGGGAGUACAAGUGAAUUCAAGGACUCCCCGGGGAAGACCUCAGCUCUGAGCUCGCCCACCAGGAAAACCACAAGAUAA